AUGUCUGUGGGGCUUGUCCUGGCUGCCUUCCUGGUGGGGCACAUGGCUGCUGCCAACAGCUCUUGCCAGGCCCUCUUUAACCUGCCAGGGGACUUCAUCAUCGGGGGUCUCUACCCAGUCCAUAGCAAUAGCACUGAGCGGAACAGGGCUCGCCCACUUCAGCUGCCUUCCUGCGAGAGGUGAGAGGGCUGGGGUUUUUUGUGUUGUGUUGUGGGGAUGGGGCUCCUCUUUCUUCUCCCAUCCCUGAAGCAGAAAUCAGGGCUGUUUCCUCAGCAUGCUUCACCCCCUUUGACUCUUCCUCUGUCUUUGGCCAGCUGGUGGGCACCUGGUUGUGGGGGCAGCAAUGAGGAGGCUGCAAAGGGUGCUGAGGAACACAAAAGAGGGUCUGGCUUCUGGCUGGGUCAGACCAAAAGGCGCCCACUUAGCCCAGCCUUCUCUGCUCAGAGCAGGAAUCUCUCAGAUAGGACUGUGGCGCAGCACACAGCGUCUUUCUCUAGCAGUUGUGCACACUCUUUUUUCCUUGGACCAUCACAGAGCUGGGAGGCCAGGAAUCUGGGGGAGUGCAACCUCGAGACUGUGGGCCACAAUUGGCCCUCCAUCCCUCUCUAGCUGCCCUGGGCAUGCCUCUCCCCGUUUUAGGAGACCUCUUCUGCAGCCACCCUCCCUCUCUGCCUGCUAGCAAGUAAACUUGGAGUCUGUUUAUAACUAGUUUUGACCUACAAACCCUUGCACGGCUUGGGACCUCCACACCUCGAAGGACCGCCUCUCCUCAGAUGAACCCAGCUGGAAUGUGCACUUGUCAUCUGAGGCCCUUCUCUAUACCCUCACUCCAUGAGAGGGCUUGGAGGGUGGCAAGACGAGAACGGGCCUUUUCUGUGGUGGCUCCCUGUCUGUGGACUGCUCUCCACAGAGAGCUUGCCAGGCGAAAAUAUUCCUCUAUUCAGGCCAUUGGCCGUUAAAUAAUCUAUGGCCUGUUAAAUGUGUGUUGGGCUGGGGGCUGGGGGGUGGGACUGUUAUUAUGAUUAUUUAAUUGUGCUCCAUAUUAUGUUUUUUAUCAUUAUGCUCCAUAAACUAUGUCCUUAAUGUUGUACACUGCCCUGGGAUCUUUGCAUAAGGGGCAGUAUAUAAAUCAAAUUAAUUAUAAUAAUAAUAACUACUUUUUUAUAUAUAAAUUUAUUUGGUUUUUCAGAUUAAAAUUUUACAGUCACAUAUCCAACAUACAACACUGAAACAAGAUUCCAAAGAAUCUCUGGAACUUCCCUCCUCCCCUUUGUGGGUCUUAUUGUUAAUCAUUUCCUCCUGCAUCUUUUAUAAUAAUCCAAAUCUUUUACCUCUCCAUUGUUUCCAAAAUUCACCGCUAAACUACAAGUGUUAUUCCAAUCCUACUAAUGAUUUUAACUGUUUGCAAUGGUUUUUAAGAUAAAUUAUAAAUUUCCCCCAUUCCUUAUUAAAGUUUUGGUCUUCCUGAUUUCUGAUUCUUCCGGUCAUUUUAGCCCUUUCGGCAUAACCCAUCAACUUGAUCUGCCAUUCUUCUCUGGUAGGGUUACAAAUUCCCACAAAAUGUGUGUGUGUUGAGGUACCAUUUCUACAGGCUUAAUUGAGCUCCACGUUUAUUUCCUCAGUCUAAACCCUUCGGGCUAUGCUCAAUUUCAAGCCAUGAGGCUGGCUGUUGAGGAAAUCAACAAUUCUUCUACUUUGCUCCCCAACAUCACCUUGGGAUACCACAUAUGGGACACCUGUCAAGAAAGCCUUCACCUGCAAGCCGCCUUCCAGCUCUCCCCACACCAGUGGUGCCGCUCGCACCAAGGAGGCUGUUCCCAGAGAGUCAUUGGUGUGGUGGGUCCCGACUCAGCCGAAAUGACGCAGCUGACAGCAAGAGUCUUCACCUACUACGGCCUUCCGCAGGUGAGCUGCUAAAUUGAUGCUAUGCAUUAGUCUCGGUGGCCUUAUUGAGAAAUGGUUUCAACAUCCGACUCUGUUGCCGUCUCUGCUCUGCCGAAGUGGUGGGCCUACAAAUGGUCAGGUUCGUUGUGGUGUCAUUAAUACGUUGUUUAAUGGCCAGUGGUUGCUCAUGUUGUAGUUGUUAAUGUUUUUGUUUUUGUUUUUUCAAUUUUUUUUAUUGAUUUUCAAAAUUUCAAAACAGACAAACAGACAUACAUACAUCCUGUUUAAAUCUUGAUAACAUUAUUAAGUGACUCAAAUCCCCUUGGUUGAAUUUCAUUAUAUAUCAUUAUAACAGUUUUCCAAAAUCUAUUUUUUCAAAAAUUAACUUGGUCACUUAACAUCUUUCAUUCUUUCUAAUUUAACUUUAAACAUCUUAAAACUUAUCUUUACAUAUUUGAAUCCUAAGCCUAUCUAUUUAUUUGCAAGCUUUUCCAAUUAAGUUAUCUUAACAUAUUUAGCUAAAUAGUCUUUAAAUUUCAUCCAUUCUUCCUGAUACUCCCCUCCUUCUGGUCGCAGACUCUUCCAGUCAGGUUGGCCAGCUCUAAAAGUCCAUCAUCUUCAUCUGCCAAUCUUCCACUGUUGGUAUUUCUUGUGUUUUCCAAUUCUUCGCUAACAAAAUUCUUGCUGCAGUUGUGGCGUACAAAAAUAAUUUAACAUCUUUUUGGGGCAAUUCCAAACCUGUUAUUCCAAGAAGAAAGGCCUCUGGUUUCUUAAUAAAUGUAUAUUUCAACAUUUUUUUCAAUUUGUUAUAAAUCUUCUCCCAGAAGUCUUUCACCUUGGGGCUGUAGUUGUUAAUGUUUUUAAACUUGGUCGCAAGUAUUAGGUGACUAAUGGAUGCGAUAAAUGAGAGCUCCCCCACUUCCUCCAUCUGCACCUGGUAAGAAGAGAAGAAGAGAAGAAGAAGAGUUUGGAUUUGAUAUCCCGCCUUUCACUCCCUUUAAGGAGUCUCAAAGCGGCUAACAAUCUCCUUUCCCUUCCUCCCCACAACAAACACUCUGUGAGGUGAGUGGGGCUGAGAGAGAAGUGUGACUGGCCCAAGGUCACCCAGCAGCUGCAUGUGGAGGAGCGGAGACGCAAACCCGGUUCACCAGAUUACGAGACUACCGCUUUUAACCACUACACCACACUGGCUCUCACUGUAAGAACACACUCUGCUCUGGGCACUCUCUGAGCUGUGCACACACCAUUGCAUAUUGCCCUCCUGCUUUUAAAAACGUGCCUGUCUCCUGUCCAGGUCUCAUACAGUAUCAAGGAAGAGAUCUUUGCUGACAAGAAGCUCUUUCCGCUGCUUUUCCGUACGAUCCCCAGCAAUGACCACCAGGUCUCGGGGCUCAUCUCCUUGAUCUCGGCCUUCGGCUGGGAGUACAUCUCCGCUGUGGACAGUGGCACCAAAGCCAGCGAGAAAACAGUUCAGUCUUUGAUUGCCAAGGCAGCAGCCAAGGGCAUAUGCAUUUCCUACCAGGGGCUGAUGACGGCCGAUCUCCGCAUCUUGGAAAGCCGGCUGCAGAGGGUGAUUGAGAACAUAGAGAAAGCCAGAACCAACGUCGUCGUUGUCCUUUCCAAUGCGGCCAUUACCAGGAAGUUCUUCCACGCUGUCACCAAACUGAAGAUCAAAGGCAAAGUCUGGAUCGCACCCGAGUCCUGGAUCUUAACCGACACGAUUGCUUCCAUACCGAACAUCGAGCAAACAGGCACCGUGCUUGGACUCACCGUCAAGCCAGUCAAACUGCCUCAAAUUGUACACUUUGUUGGGAAAACGCUACAGCGCUCCCCGUCAAACAAGACGGAUGGCCCUUUGCUCUCUGAAGCCCCGACGGUGGAGGCUUGCUCCCAGUCCUGCGAUGAGAACCAACUGCUCUCUCCGGACGCUUUAGCCAACAUUUUGAACAGUUCCGUUUGGCAGUGGUCUUUCUAUUCGUACGCUUCCGUCUAUAUCCUGGCCGAGGCCCUCCACAACCACCUGGGGUGCAGCCUGCAAGGAUGUCCAGCAAGCAAGGAGUUCAAGCCACGACAGGUAGUAAUAAUAAUAAUAAUAAUAAUUUUUAUUUAUACCCCGCCCUCCCCAGCCAAGGCCGGGCUCAGAGCGGCUUACAAGCAAUAAUAAAAACAAGUUGAAUGAUUACAACUUAAAAACAACAUUAAAAUACAACAUUAAAAUAUUGAAACAUUAAAAUGUAGCCUCAUCGCAGGAGGAGAAGGAAAAGAAAAAAGAAAGAGGGAGGGAGGGAAUCAAAUUGGUUCCAAGCCAAAGGCCAGGCGGAACAACUCUGUCUUACAGGCCCUGCGGAAAGAAAUCAGAUCCUGCAGGGCCCUGGUCUCAUGAGGCAGAGCGUUCCACCAGGCCGGAGCCAGUGUUGAAAAGGCCCUGGCUCUGGUUGAAGCUAAUCUAACUUCCUUAGGGCCCGGGACCACUAGGGUGUUGCUAUUUAUGGACCUUGAGGCUCUCCGUGGCGCAUACCAGGAGAGGCGGUCCCGUAGGUACGAGGGUCCUAGGCCGUGAAGGGCUUUAAAGGUCAAAAGCAGCACCUUAAAUCUGACCCUGUACUCCACCGGGAGCCAGUGCAGCUUGAAAAGCACUGGGUGAAUAUGCUCCCAUGGAGGUAAGCGCUACGUUCAGGGGAGCAGGCCACCACUGCUGCUGCUGUUUUGAUAAAUAGCAUCCUCUCCCCAGGGUUUUUCCUUUCAGCUCCUUUGCUCCUUCCCAAACAUCUGGUAUAUUUGGGAUCAGGCUGCUCCAUAUCUCCCUUUGUUCAAAGGCAGGCUAGGAAGCGUCUGUCCUUUACCCUCAAUGCCUGGAGGAAGUCGGCUUGAGGCACCAAGGGACUAAAGCGCAUUUGCCACUCGCCUCCCUCCUGUGUCCAUGUGCAACAUAUCUAGUUGUAUUAUUUUUAAUUUUUUAAUUGUUUUUUCCCCUUUUUCUUAUUAUGUUUUUACUGAAAUUUUAUUGGUGUUAGCCGCCCUGAGCCCAGCUCUGGCCGGGGAGGACGGGAUAUACAGUGAGGGGCGAAAAGUAUUUGAUCUCCUGCUAAAUUUGCCCGUUUGCCCUCUGACAGAGAAAUGACCAGUCCGUAAUUUUAAUGGUAGGUUUAUAGUAGCUGUGAAAGACAGAAUAACAGCAGGACAAACCCCAGAAACCCAGAAGACAAAAGUCAGAGAAUGGUGUGCAUUAUAAUGAGUGGAAUAAGUAUUUGAUCCCUUUGCGAAAGAUGACUUAGUACUUGGUGGCAAAACCCUUGUUGGCAAUUGCAGAGGUCAGACGUUUCUUGUCGGUGGCCACCAGGUUUGCACGCAUCUCAGGAGGUAUUUUAUCCCACUCCUCUUUGCAGAUCCUCUCCAAGUCAGUAAGAUUUUGAGGCUGAUGCGUAGCUACUCAAACCUUCAGCUAGAGUUAAACGGGCAAAUUUAGCAGGGGAUCAAAUACUUUCCCCCCUCACUGUAAAUAAAAUUUGUUGUUGUUGUUGUUGUUAUCUAUUGGUGGUGUGACUUAAUAGCAUCCGAUAGGUGUCAGCUAGCGCCUCUGCAGCAAUGGCUGUGGUCAGAGCAGCUUCCCCAGCUCACUCGGCUCAGAAACCCAAGGCAAGCAGGUGGCAUUCAGAUGUCAAAGGCAGUAGCAGCCUUUAGGAUCAGGUGCCCUGAGGUUGUGGGAGGAAAGGGAAGAAACUUGAAGCAGAUCUCUCCCAUCACCCGGGAGAGGAGUGGGUGCAGUGUCUGUAGCAGAGCUUAUUCUUUCUUUUCUUUUUUUUAAAAGGAAUUUUCAUGGGGGAGCAAGAGAGUGAUAAUGCCAAAAGGGCACUUUUAACCUUUUCAUUAAUUUUAACUAAUUUAAAUAAAUGAAAAAUAAAUGCCAUGAACCGUGCAUUUUAACAGCAAAUCGUUGUACAGUGGUACCUCGGGUUAAGAACUUAAUUCGUUCUGGAGAUCCGUUCUUAACCUGAAACCGUUCUUAACCUGAGGUACCACUUUAGCUAAUGGGGCCUCCCGCUGCCACCGCACGAUUUCUGUUCUCAUCCUGAAGCAAAGUUCUUAACCCGAGGUAAUAUUUCUGGGUUAGCGGAGUCUGUAACCUGAAGCGUCUGUAACCCGAAGCAUCUGUAACCCGAGGUAGCAUUGUAAUUGAAAGAAACUUGGCAUUUAAAUUCUAACUAAAUAUGCCCAGAAUGCUUGACAUAAUUUUUCUAGAAAAUCCUGCUCAGUGUGAAUCUCUGGAGAAGGCUGACAUUGUCUCCUGCCUCCAGCUGAAAUAAAGCAAACAACAGGGAUCAUCAUCUCUCAGGCCAAUGUUUAGCUGUGCUACCCACACAUCCUUCAACAAGCACAGUAAACCCCUCUCCCUGCACCCCCAAGAUGCAAUUAUCUUCUCAUUUCAGUUUUAUGAAGCAUUGUACAAGGUGAACUUUCCUCUGCAAGGCAACACCAUCACAUUGGGCCAAGAGGGAGAUCUGUUCCUGGGCUACAGUGUCGUCACCUGGAGCUGGGAAAAUGGCACGGCUACUUUCAAGAUGAUCGGCAGCUACAGUUCCCAAGCCCUGAAUAUCAACAAGUCUGAAAUCAGUUGGCCAGCACCAGGGGAUCAGGUAAGAUACCAGGCGAAACACCCAGAAAGAAGGAAAACACGGGCAAUGCUGGAUGGGGAUGGUAGAUGUUGGGAGAGAGAAGUUUGGAAGAGAUUCUUACUCUUCAUAGCAGAGCUAAGCACAGUGGCGGAUGCUCCAAUUUACAUCUGCCCACCUUUAAACAAAUGUUCCCCACAUAAAUGCUCAGGCUAGAAUAAAUCACAGGGACUUAGCUUUCCAAAUAAGUGAAGCUUUUACUCACAGAGAUUCCAGGAGUUACAAGAAACAAGUCUCUAUCCACUGGCAGUAAAAAUAAGAAAGAAAAGGUUCCAGAUGACUCCAAAAAGAAAAGAACUUGGUUUCCGUAUGAAAAGAAUCAUGCAAUCUUUAGGUUAACAAAGACGCAGACUUUAAAAUCUCCUUUUUGGAGAGAUUCAGUUAUUCCAGGAAGCACAAAGAGGGGGAAAGAGAGAGAAGGGGUGCUAAGCUCCUUCUCAACUGGCAACCUGAGCUCGGGUUAACCCUUUCAUUCACGCAACCGUGAGUCAGUAGCUAGAUCUUACAAAAGAUGGGAGCUGUACUCCAAACAUCUGGAGGACAUCAGAUUGGGGAACAGAUUGGGGCUUACUUGGACAUAAAAGAACCUAAGAGCAGCCAUCUGGAUCUGACCCAAAUGGCUCCUUCUGCUCCAGCAUUCCGUUUCUCAUAGCGAUCAAAGAGAUCUUUCUGGGAAGCUUCCUAUUGCUGCUUCCACAUGCUGCUUAUCCAGGGCGUUGCUGCAGCUCCUGGAUAAUUUAGCUUGCUCUCUUCACACCUUUUCCAGCUUUACAAUAUCCUACAUUUUUAUCUUCAUUCAUUUAGACAAAGUAAUAAUCAUAAAUAAAUAAGAAUAAACAUGUGUACCCCACCACUGAGACCAUUCCAUUGUAAGUAUCCAACCUCCCAAAAUUUCAACACUCCUUGUGAUGGUUUGACCCCCUUCCGUUUUAACAGUACACUACAUUUUUCUGAUAUAAUAUCCUACAUUAUCCUACAUUUUUCUCAACAUACAUUUGCAUAAAAGCCUUGUGAUAUUGACGGACUGAUUUGUUAUUCCUUUUUAAUGACCCCUGGGUGCGGUGUGGUGAACUACCGACUGACUUUCACAAGUCGCCAACAACUCAAAUGCCUCCACCUAACCAAACUCUCCUGUUCUAGGUCCCCAAAUCAUAUUGCAUAGCAGUGUGUGAAGUGGGUCAAAUCCGAAGCAAGCAAUUGCUGGACGAGUGUUUAUGUCGCUGUGACGACUGCCUGGAAGGGACCUAUCAAAACGAAACAGGUGAGUUCAAACACCGCAUGGCUCAGGGAGCCACAUUUGUGAAUCUGAAGACUGGCCUCCGCUAUGCGCUAGACAAGUUCUAGCUUCCUCCCUUGACUCAGAGGUCAUCAGUGCCAAGUAGGCAGAGGCUUAAGGCAGGAAAGAGUCCCAAGGUGUAGAAGUUAAGAGUGCCAGAUAAGGUUCUGGGUUCAAAUCCCCGUUCACCAUGUCUUUUGUGAUGGCGCCAAUUCCUCCGAAUGAACAACAGUCUAGAACAGGAGCGCAAAGGACCACUGCUGUUCACUUUUGCCUCUAUCCCUUCAUGAGCUGGCAGAGGGUCCUCUGGAGGGAUUGUUUUUGUUCUGAGUCACAACACAGCUUCACCCUCUGCCCCUUUCCCCUCUCCCCCAAGCAGAGACUCAGGCAAAGGGCUCUUUGUAGAUGGCAACACAGGCUCCAGCGAUUGUCUCUAUCUGUGACUCCACGACCUUUGCAAAGGCCCAUGCCGAGCUUUGCACAGAGUGUGGGGCUCUGCAAAGCCCCAGAAAGCUCACCAGCUAUAAGACACCAUCUGGGGGAAACAUGGGAUUAAAAAAUAAUUAUUAAUUAAUUAUUUCUUCUGCUGCUGCUGCUGCUGCUGCUGCUGCUGCUGCUGCUGCCGGACUUUGCACAGAGACUGAGGCUUGGCCAAAGCCUUUUUCACUGUCCACAAUGGGAAGGCAGGGCUCAAAAGCAGAACUGUAGAGCUGGAAGGGACCCCAAGGGUCAUCUAGUCCAACCCCCUGCAAUGCAGGAAUCUCAGCUAAAGCAGAUGGGCAUCCAACCUCUGCUUAAAAAUCUCCAAGGAAGGAGAGUCCACAACCUCCCAUGGGAGAUGGUUCCACGGUCGAACAGCUCUUCCUGUCAAAAGUUUUUCCUGAUGCUUAGUCGGAAUCUCAUGUGACAGCCCUUUGGACACUUGAGGAUGACCAUUGUAUCUCCUCUCAGUCUCCUCUUUUCUAGCUAAACAAUACAGUGGUACCUCUGGUUACAUACGCUUCAGGUUACAGACGCUUCAGGUUACAGACUCCGCUUAACCCAGAAAUAUUACCUCAGGUUAAGAACUUUGCUUCAGGAUGAGAACAGAAAUCGCAUUCCGGCGGCGCGGCGGCAGCGGGAGGCCCCAUUAGCUAAAGUGGUGCUUCAGAUUAAGAACAGUUUCAGGGUAAGAACAGACCUCCAGAACGAAUUAAGUUCUUAACCCGAGGUACCACUGUACCCAGCUUCUUCAACCAUUCCUCAUAAGGCUUGGCUUCUAGACCCUUGAUCAUCUGAGCUGCCCUUUUCUGCACAUGUUCCAGCUUGUCAACAUAUCUUUCCUAGCCUGGGAGAGAUCCCUGCACGGAAGUCCUGGAGAGUCAAUGUAGAGACAACAGCACUGAGCUAGUCGGUGCCUGCCUUGGUGUAAGGCACUUUCUUCUACUUCUAAGCAGUCCUGCUGCUGACUGAGCUUCUCCUUUCCUCCUCUUCAGGUGGAGACACUUGCAUCCCGUGCCCCCCGGGGAUGUGGUCCCCUCUGAAGAGCAGCACCUGCUUCCCCCCGCUCAUCACGUAUCUCGACAUCACCACCACCACCAUCUUGGCCCUGGUGAUCCUGGCCAUCGUCGACUUCUUCCUGCUCUUUGGCUGCUUGCUGGUUUUUGCCCUCCACCGUCAAACGCCAGUGGUCAAAGCGGCCGGGGGCAAGCUGGCUUUCGUCAUGCUGGCCUCGCUGCUGGCUUCCUGCACCACCACCAGCCUGUUCGUCGGGAAGCCCACUGAGGUCACCUGCCUGAUCCGGCAGCCCUUGUUCGCCAUCAGCUUCACCGUCUGCGUCUCCUGCCUCCUGGUCCGCUCCUUCCAGAUCAUCUUCAUCUUCAAAAUGGCCUGCAAGCUGCCCCCCGGAGCCGCCAAGUGCUGGGUCAAGUACAAAGGCACCUACGUCUCGGUCGGCCUCAGCUGUGGCCUGCAGGCCCUCAUCUGCCUCCUCUGGCUCCGCUUCUCCCCGCCUACAUUGCAAGAGGAUUUUGUGAGCGAGAGGGAGGUCUACCUGCAAUGUUCAGAAGGCCACUUCAUGGGGCUAGGAGGGGUGCUGGGCUACAUCACCCUGCUGGGCGGCGCUUGCUUCGCCUUCGCCUUCUGGGGCCGCAACCUGCCCAAGAAUUACAGCGAGGCGAGGCUCCUCACCACCAGCAUGCUGGUCUUCCUCAUGGGCUGGGGCUGCUUCAUGCUCAUCUACAUCACCACCGAAGGGAAGGGCAAAGGGAUCCCUGCCUUGCAGAUGUUCACGGUGCAGACCAGCGUCUACGCCAUCCUCUGCACCUUCUUCCUGCCCAAAUGCUACCUGAUCCUCUUCCGGCCGCAGUUCAACACGGUGGCCCAUUUCCAGACCUGUAUCCAAGCCUACACGGCCACAGUCAGAAACGCCGAGCAGUGA